AUUUGAACUUCUCUCGAGAAUUAUUGGAUUCUGCUCAAGAAUUAAUGGACUCAUCUCAAGAAUUAUUGGAAUCAUCUCAAGAGUUAGUAGAAACAUUUCCUGAUGAAGAGCGUGAUGAAACGCAUGAUGAAACGCAUGAUGAAGCACAUGAUGAAGCGCAUGGUGAAGCGUAUGAUGAAGCGCAUGAUGAAACGUUUGAUGAAGUGCAUGAAGUCCAUAAAGGACAAGAUUUGGUUGGGAUUAAUGGUCCGUUACCUCACAUUAAUAAACCAAUUGUAUUCGCUAUUGAUGAUACUUUUCCUAACUGGCCAAUUGCAGAACAUUAUGUUACUCAAUAUGGCCGCCAAAAGGGAUUU